AUGGAUUUUCGAGCAACAAUCUUGCAAGGACACAUCCACCAGAUCAAAUGCUUAGCUCCAACUCCUAACAAGAGCAACAUAAUAUCGGCAGACUGUGGCCCGGACGCCGCGAUUAUCAUCUGGGAUUCUUCCACCGGACAGCUUGCAGAAUACUGUUCCAAGCAGGUGCUUUGCAUUUGGGAUGUUGAGAUCUCUAAUGGCGAGCCGCUUGCUGCCGCUGUUGUGGCCUCCAAAAAACCGCAAACUUGCGUGCGCUUCAAUGGGGGUGAUCAAACUGAGCUUGUCACCAAUGGACAAAAGAGUGUUUACUUUUGGAGGCAUGAGAAUGCUAGAGGAUCUUUGGAGGGGCUGAAAGCUGUUCUAAAGGCAGCGGAGUUGAAACAAGCGGUUGGAUUGUUUACAGUCACAACCUUUGUACCGAAUACCGCAUUCGCUAUAACUGCAACAACUGAUGGCGAUGUAGUUGUAUGGGAGCAGUAAGCAUCGUACCAAAAGAGCCAUCUAGCUCGCUGACUGAGAGCUACCAAAGUGAUCAAGCUUCACAACUCGGCAAUUCUAGUAAUGACAACAAUCAAGCAGUAUGUUGCAACCGGAGGGUCAGAUGGCUAUUUACAUUUUUAUGAUUCAAGAAUAGGUCUCACUGGGUGGUUUGAGGAGCUAGCAGCAGGCGAGGUUACUUCCCUCUCAUUCUCUGCUAUUGAAGAAAGUGAAGAUGAAGUUGCAUAUAACUCGCUCAAAGGUGAAGAGGUAACAGAAUACCUGCCAGAGACUGUUCAAUCUAUGACUGGACAUCCUUUGCUGCCUUGCUUUGCAACUAUUAGCACGGAUGGAUUGUUUCAGCUUGUUAAUGCAGAAACUUUGGUAGAUAUACAGAGCUUCUCAUUUUCGUCAUCUACCCUUCACAAGGAUGACGGAAGGUGGUUAUACAUUGGUAAAUACAGGUCUCAUGCGAGGCCCAUUGUUGGUUUGCAGUUUAUUCUGGACCGUCGGGGUCUCAGCAGAUUAUUCUCUGUUGCUCAGGUGCAAGUGCUUGUCACCGACGAAGGGUUUAAGUUGCGGGUCUAUGAGACUGAUAACUACAUUUGCGAGAAAACAUUUCUUGGUCCAAGCUUUGGAAAUCCUGUGAGCCAGAUGGUCAGGCUUCCUGGCGGUGAAGCUGGAAAGGAUUAUCUUGCAUAUGUAACCAGAGAACAAAUUCUCGGGAUAACAACAUUUCCAGCUGCCGAUCAAAUGAACUUGCACAUUAUGGGUGUUGUAGCCCAUGCCGGUGCUAUAACUUCGAUGGCAAUAUCGCACGAUUCACAAUAUAUUAUGACAGCGGGAAUCGACAGGCAUGGAAAAGAUUUUUUUUUUUUUUUUGAACUAGCACUAAAUCAGUUUUCUCCUGGCAGCAUUGUCAUUGUUUGGAGGGUGAGCAUGCCGUUGCUUGACACUGCUCUGGAAGACGAAUGGAAUCGUGCAGGUCCUUAUCCAAUGCUGCCACCAGGUGCCGAAGGCAGAAUGAUUCUGCAGAGCUUAAGGGAACAGUUUUUCUGCUCACAGAUCCGUGCACAGGUAAAUAAGCACAUAAUAGACGUGAAAUACUUUUUAUUUCAGGGAGAGGAUUUCCUGGACGAGCGUAAUCUAGAUAAAACAACUCCACUGGAGCAGCUUCCCGACAUUCUACGUUCGGUGGGGGUUUAUCCAUCAAAUUCAUACAUUCGCGACAUACUUCACGAAAUCGCUCUCCCCUCCGAGCGAGCCAAGCAGACACCGCCAAACAGCCUCGACUUUGAGAGCUUUGUGACGCUCUACGCAAACCACAAGUCGAUGAUCGAGUACAAUGCGUCACUCUUUCAAGUUGCUUUCAACAUCCUCGGAGCUGAUCUAUCGACGGGAAAGUUCUCUCGAGACACCCUGUUUACACUCCUUCAAACGGAGGGAGAACCUCUUUCAAAGGAAGAGCUCCAAAAAUGCGUGGAUGUUUGCAUGGGCGAGGCGAUCGACCUCCAAUCGCUACCAAAGGAAAUCAAUGGCUCAGUAUUUGUUGACACGAUACUGGGCCUCUAGCCUGUAAAUUUUUCCCGACCCCAUGCAUGUCAUACGAGCGUGGCACUGACACGUGUCGCGACAUGAAUUAAAUUCAAGAAAACGAGAGAGA